GCGUAUACCCAUUCCUUUCCCCUGUACCCGUUCACGUCUGCUGGAUACCCGGUUUGCAUCUCUUUCUUUUCUUCAUCCUUUCUAAUGGCCCCCCCGGUCCCCGCCCCGCCUCCGCCGUCUCUUCAGGAAGCGACCAAGCACGCAACCCAGGCCUGGCAAGACGACCUCCAGUCGCUCUUCAACAACGCCAAGGACCGCUUUCCCGACGUCGUAUGGGAGCUUUACGCCGAGGAAGACGACAAGGAAAAGAGCGGGGAAGAGGUCUGGGGCCAUAAAGCCAUUGUCUAUGCAAGAGCUCCUCCCAGUUUCCAAGCCCGUUAUUUCUCGUUUCGACCUGCUCCUGUUGCAUCUCCGACUCCAUAUUCUGCAUCUCCAGGAACACUUGCAGGCCAGUCGUCUCUUUCUCUGGGCCUCGACUUGACUCCAUCACGAUCCCCUUCACCCUUCCGCGUCCCUUCUCCCUCACCGUCCGGAACAGCAAACACCCUCCUGCGAAUCCCGACCUUCAUUAACCCGAUAUUAUUCUCGAAUGAACUCGAGUAUCUCUAUACCGGCAAAGGCCUCGGUGAAGCCUUCGAGUUCCUGUUCGACAGCACGGACUCUCGUGAAGACGCGGAUACUGAAGAGAGUCGCAUCGACAAACUGCGGAAAGACCUCGUGUUCAUGUGGAGGUCUCGCCUCUACUCAGACGUUCGUAUAACCCUUGAAGGCAAUUUCUCUUCCAGCAACCACGAAAGCGCCACUGCCAUUUUCUCGUCACACCGCUUCAUUCUCGUUUCUCGGUCUCCCUACUUCCGUACUAGGCUCCUGACAUGGCCGGGUGCCGUCACAAAGGCUUCGGAGCCUCUAACGUUGAACCUCCCCUCACCUCCGUUCACCCCUGCCUCAUUGUUCUUCACUCUGGGCUUCAUGUACGCUGGUACACUGGUCUUCUCGCACCGCACCUACGACCUCGAUACCGCGUUCCACAUCAUGCGUUCCGCAACGUAUCUCUCUCUCGACAGCUUAUACAAUGAGAUCCAGGCGCGGAUUGUGCAAGAAAUGAUGCACGGCCUCUUCCAUGCGUUCCUGGAGUUCUCUGAAUACGAGCGGAUAACGGGCGGGAAGUGGGGUAUCGGCGGCUGCCGUUGCCGACAAUGUGCCAGGCGCGCUCCCAGGGUGCUGGAAUUUGCGACAGCCGACGACGUGAAGAAUCCCCACCUUGACCGCGGCGCUAGGCGAGCUCUCGUCGGUCUCUUUGGCGAAGGCUGGGUUACUCCGGAAUUCACCAAGUUACCUCAGAAAACACGGGAGAGUCUGUUGAAGGGUCUCGCCAAACGCACGAACCCUCCGAAUGUCUUCGCACUCCUGUUUGCCGCCCAGCACGCGAUUGAGAAGCUGAAGACCAUAAUCGAUGCAUGGGCGGAUAUAUCCAGAGAUAUGGUCCUGUCUGCCAGGAAGGUGAUGGACGAAGUCCUCUGCAAUCAGGCUGAGGAAUGUUUUGAACAGCCUGAAUGGCUAGAGCUGAUGGAAGCUGACGGCGUCCGGUUCGAGGAUGGCGAGCGGGUCGGGAUUGUUAUGGAUUCGGUAUUGCGAGGUCUGAACGAGAAGAAUGCAGGUCUAGUAUAUCAGACUCUGGUCUCUUCGAUACUGCUUCGGCCUCAUGCUACGGAAACGGAUCAAACGAUGCUGUCGUCGACUUCCCAUGUACGCGUCCAAGUGGAGGAAACGCGGGUGGAGGUCCUGAAGUGGUUGCGGAAGAGGUGGCUGGGCGUGCGGCAGGAGGGAGGCUUCGAUAAUCUAGAGGGGUGGGCGCUGAAGGAAAUCAGUCAUGAAAUCGAAGUCCCUCACGAAGACCUCAUGAACACAGCUCCUACUUCUACACGGGGGCCUGUUACAAGGACUGGGCUCAGGUCCACGCUGCGGGCAGAGACGGAAACCGAUACUGUGAGCAUGCACUCGAUGCGGACGAGUAUUGCGCAGCGCAACCUGGCCAAGUCGCCUGUUGGCCGCGAACCCCUGGCUUCGUCUGCUAGCUCGGUACGAUCGACCACCCGCAGCACUAUGUCCUCUUCUUCCCGUGUUACUACUAGCCGACCCCUCCGUGUUCGCAAUUUUGUGCCCUCUGGUCCCCGCCCCGAUUCCAAGUUGACUCCGGAUUCUUCGAUUGCUGCUGACGACCGUUCGUCGAUGGCCGAGUCGGAGACCACAGAGACAAGUUCCACACCUCCGAAACCUACAAUUCCCCGACGGAGUGGUGCUUCUAGUUCUAGUAUGACGCAAGAUACCACUAGGCCCAAGUCUGUAGCUGCGUCCGUGAAGACCGUUCGUUCGAAAGCGUCUACUGUCCGCAAGGUACCUGUACCCAGUACAUCCAGCUUGCGACCGCCAUCAUCGCUAUCACGACCUAAUUCCACGUUGUCGACGACUAGCGAUUCGUCGACGACUUUCAAGACUGCACCUUCUGAUAUCACUUCCCGGGCGGCCUCCUCCCGGGCGCGCAGACCCUCUGUGGCUUCCACCGUGUCUACAACCAGCGUGCGGACAACGCCUAGGACUCCAGUGUCGGUCAGUGCGAAGGUGACUCGCUCACGACGGCCUUCCGUCUCCUCGACGACGUCCGCUAUUUCCACGACAGCACGCAAACGUCCCUCAGUGUCCCCAUUGGACACAAAACCAGGACCGGCCAAGCGUGCGCCGUCGAUGGCUUCCGUUCAUUCAACAGCGUCCACGUCAACAACGGGUCGCAAGACGCCUGCACGUAAGCCUGGAGCACGUGAUGAAACUCCAUCUCGAACCGACACACCUCCAACCCCCGCCAAACCAGUUCCAGCUUCUGCUGCGAGCACGAUCAAAGGGAAGAGCACCGCGAGGACCGUACACGAUAAGACUAACAGUGUCGUAUCGACGAGCAGCGUAUCUACGUUGAGACGCAAGGGCUCCUCCGAUACCAUCAAAGAAAAUGGAGUGAAGGAAAUUGCCGGAAAGGAGAAUGGGAAGCGUCUACAUGAGUCAGAGCUGGCCACGCCCCAGCUACAGGAGCCUCUGGCAUUUUCACCUCGGGGAGCGACACUGGAUAUUGGCAUUCCUUGCAUAAUCUCGUCCAAGCGAGCAAGGUUCAAGGCUUUUGCUCGAUAUAUCGGAGAAGUAGAAGGCGAGUCAGGGCCCUGGGUUGGCGUCGAAGUGCCCGUGGACGAUACGUGGCCUGAUGAGAAGUUGGAAGGCCGACAGUGGAACGACGGGUCAUGGGGAGGAGUUCGGUAUUUCCAGCUCGGGACUGGCUCUGAAUUCGACUACGGUGAUGGCAGAGCUGUACGGCGUAGGCGAUUCGACUGGGCGACCGUGAAGGACCGCGGCUUGAAGCGAGAGGGGGAUACGCUCAGCGUUGACAGGGUCAAAAGACUACGGAGCGCGUCUCCGACUGCCUCGGACGUUUCGACGUCGGAAUCUAGGGGCCUAUUCGUCAGACCUCAACAGGUGUUAUAUGUGGUGGACGCUGUAGCCUGACGGGCAUCUCGAUCUCGCUCAAGCUGGGACUGGUGCUGGUUUUCUGGAGUCAUGUAUGAUUGAUGUUGCAUAUCUGGUAAUCUCGCCGUUAAUUGGGAACAAUUGUAUUGCUUCCGGUUUCACUUUCAGCUCAUACCAUAUUCCCAAUCAUUACUUUCCUUUAAUUGCCCUUUGCUGGACUAAUCAUCAAUCCGUCACACUCCUUGCACUUGAUAAUCUCCAGUCGCUUUUUGUUCCGAUGGCCAUACAUAGUGUUCCACCUGGCCACUGUCCGCUUGACGCGGAGGGAACAUUAUAUACAUUCCGGGGCUGCGCUAUGACAAUUGUGAAUAGGUCUUGCAGAUGCAAGUCGAGUACUGGACUGACAAUAUACGAGGGACAGAAUAGUAU